AUGACGGUGACGGCGACGCCGGUAACCUCCGAUGUCGCCGACAAAGCGGUGUCAACGGACGACGCUGGCGGCGGCGGGGGCGGCAUUGAGGUAGCGCGUCUCGAAGCCGUCCUCGCUGCCCUGGUGGAGACUAAGGUGGAGGCAAUGAAGGCGUCGUCAACGCUCAGCCGACGUUCUGGCAGCGCACCGGCCAGUCCGCGUCGACCUAGAUUGACCUCGACCUCGACAGCCUCUUCCUCGCUGAACCAUCACCAUCACCAUCAUUAUCAUCAUCAUCAUCAUCAUCACUCGCAGCACCAGCAGCACGGUAAGAAGAAGAGCCCGCAUCAACAGCAUCAUCGCCAUCGUCGCAAACGCCACGACUCCGCGCCCUGCGGAAGUGAUUAUCUUCAAGGGACGGAUCAUCAUCAGCAGAGAUUACCUAACGGAAAGGGACGGAGAAGAGCCUCGGAAAGUCCUCGAAGUCCUCGAAAGAAGCGCAGGCAUUCGAGGAGCCCAAAUGUUCUUCAUGGCGUCGUUCAAGACGUUCACACCGGCCUCGAUUCGCGCUUCGAGCUGCUCGGUAUCGACGGCGACCAAGAUGUGGCCCUAAUAGAUUUUGAAAGGGCUAAAGAAGUCCUCGGCGACUCCGAAUAUUCGCGGCUGUACCGAAGUGCCUGCUCCUUUCCCCAAAGCGCCGCUCAAUUUAAAAUACAUUCGAGCGCGACUUCGUUGCGCGUGAACUUGCCGCGAGGGACUACCGUGCCUCUUGAUGACGACGACUACGUAGCGUUGAACGUAGCCGACGAGCUGGAGGAGGAGGAGGAGAUUAUGAGCAAUCCGGAAAAGAUGGACGAGCCUCAGGGAAACUAUCAUCGACCGCGAAGAAAGCGCAAACGUAAACGGCGCAAGGUUGAAUCCGUCGGUCCGGAAGAGGAGCUCGUCGAUCCCGAGGAGCUUCCGCCUCGUGCACGAUGGACGAUCGUCGCCACCGCGUGUCUUCUGCUAGCCAUGUCUCUCCUUCUGGUCGGUGUCACAUUACGGAUGGCGCCUAUAAUCGACGACAUGGUACGAAAGGAGAACGAGGAGCUGCUGAACUCCCUCAACAGGGACAUUUCCGUGCCGGAGAACGUCACGGCGCCGCCCUAAAAACGGGCGAUCUCUUUUUGGACAGAACCGCAUCGCACGUUCGUCGCUCUCUCAGUUCGUCGCUUCGACACGUUUUCUCAACCCUGUUAUCAAGAAGAUCAAAGCGACAAUUUUCACGACGGACGGCGGACAGCGUCGUCGACGAUUUAAAAAACGCGUCGACGUCGCCAUCAUUUCAGAGGUGAUAUUUUAUUCUCGCCAGCAACGUGGCGAGAUAAAAAAAAAUUGAUACACUCUCUUUGGCCUCCGACCGGAUCUCUCAGAUCGGCGGCGAUUGUAUUUGAUUGUAGGCGUAUCGUGUACAUCACGUCGCGUUGUUCGAAAGGUGGAUUUCUAUUGUAUAAACGAUUUCGCGGAAAACGUUGUCGCAAAUAACACGCGGUCGCGAAAAAUCCCGCGACCGCGCCAUGUUGCAUCGUUGAUUGUAUUGUUACCGCGUUCGGAAACUUCGCAUUGAUACGUGUAUAUAUUAUAUACACAGAUACAUACACACACAUAUAUGUAUAUAUAUAUAUAUAUAUCGUAUCGAUGCAGACUAGAUGCCCUCGAUUCCAACAGGCUUCGUCAAUAAGUGCUCGCUCUCCCCGAUCGCACAAAUACCGAACGAGCGUUCAAUCGAAACAAUUAUGGCGCGAAUUCGAGAAAGAUUCGACCAAAUUAAUUAACUUAAACACUUUAUCUCGCAAAACAAAACAAUUCUUAUAUUCAGCACGUGCAUGUACGCAUUUGAAAAUCUGGAGAGAGAGAAGAUAAAAGCUUUAAUCUCUUACAACAAUUGUAAUAUAUUAUAGAAGUACGUAGCGAUUGUAUAUAAUUGAAGAGUAACCCAAUCUGCGUCGAGACGAUAGUCACGACGAGACACUUUUCGACGGCGCGACGAAAUAUUUGAAAGCUCAGCGGCGACAGUUAGUCGCGCGAAACUUCAUCCGACGUUAGCUCGCACACCGAAUGCCAACAACGAAGGAACGAUUCAGAAGUUACACACGUGAGAAAUGUGCUAUAGACGCGGCACCCGGCCGUCGUUUCGCCGUCGACGACGGAAUCGACGUGUGUGUCGAAGCCUCUCGUCUGUUCACUUCCUCGAGUACGAGCGGAUGUACGUGGCCCGGAAUCGGGGGUACACGUGAGUUAUCGAUCCGCGUCAUCAACACGCGAAUACGGACCUUUACACACGCCACGAACGCCCGCGAGAAAUUGUGUCAGACGAAAACCGACUGACGACACGAGAGUUUUAGCUUCCUUGGUGCUUUUUAACAAUGUCUUCCAGGACGAGAGAGAAAGAGAGAGAGAGAGAGAGAGAGAGAGAGAGAGAGAGAGAGAGA